UUUUCUUGUUAUGUUGUGCUAACAUAUUUACAAUUCUUUUUUCAAAGGCAAAUCCUCCUCCAGUACUGGUUAACACAGAUAGCUUGGAAACACCAACUUAUGUUAAUGGCACUGAUGCAGAUUAUGAAUAUGAGGAAAUCACACUUGAAAGGGGAAAUUCAGGACUUGGUUUCAGCAUUGCAGGAGGUACAGACAACCCACAUAUUGGAGAUGACUCAAGUAUUUUCAUUACCAAAAUUAUCACAGGGGGAGCAGCUGCCCAAGAUGGAAGAUUGCGGGUCAAUGACUGUAUAUUGCGAGUGAAUGAAGCAGAUGUUCGUGAUGUAACACAUAGCAAGGCAGUUGAAGCAUUGAAAGAAGCAGGGUCUAUUGUACGAUUGUAUGUAAAAAGACGGAAACCGGUAUCAGAAAAAAUAAUGGAAAUAAAGCUCAUUAAAGGUCCUAAAGGUCUUGGGUUCAGCAUUGCAGGAGGUGUUGGAAAUCAGCAUAUUCCUGGGGAUAAUAGCAUUUAUGUAACCAAAAUAAUUGAAGGAGGUGCAGCACAUAAGGAUGGCAAACUUCAGAUUGGAGAUAAACUUCUAGCAGUGAAUAGUGUAUGCUUGGAAGAAGUUACUCAUGAAGAAGCAGUAACUGCCUUAAAGAACACAUCUGACUUUGUUUAUUUAAAAGUGGCAAAACCCACAAGUAUGUAUAUAAAUGAUGGCUAUGCACCACCUGACAUCACCAACUGUAACUUCUCUCAGCCUGUUGAUAACCAUGUUAGCCCAUCUUCCUACUUGGGCCAGACACCAGCAUCACCAGCCAGAUACUCACCCGUUUCUAAAGCAAUGCUGGGAGAUGAUGAAAUUACUAGGGAACCUAGAAAAGUUGUUCUUCAUCGUGGCUCAACAGGCCUUGGUUUCAACAUUGUAGGAGGUGAAGAUGGAGAAGGAAUAUUUAUUUCCUUUAUCUUGGCUGGAGGACCUGCUGAUCUAAGUGGAGAGCUCAGAAAAGGAGAUCGGAUUAUAUCGGUGAACAGUGUUGACCUCAGAGCUGCCAGUCAUGAGCAGGCAGCAGCCGCAUUGAAAAAUGCUGGCCAAGCAGUCACAAUUGUUGCGCAGUAUCGACCUGAAG